AUGAAACAGUAAAAUGCUGGUGCUGUCUUCACACAAGUGGACUAAAGUGUGGUUACAACAUUCUAACUCUCCCAAUUAAUAAUCUGUGUCAUCAGUUUCACUUCUUCUCCAGUUCGUGGUGUGAUUGAGACAUUUCCUGGUUUCUGAGCUUCAUUAGAACCUGAUAAUACACUACAAAUAUUAUUAGCACUUUUUUUAUAGUCUACAAUUUAGCUUCAGACAGAUCUGCGAGUGAAUAACUGGAUGUAUAUUCCAUGUAACAGAAACACAAAGACACUGGGAUUACAGGUGUAUUAGAUCUAAAGUUUCCAAAUGUGACCCCCAUCUGUUAAUGAAUAUCUGUGUAUUAUUAGUCCACUUAAACAUGCAGAUAUAACCACAGAGACAGUAUUUUCAUUGCACUCAAAUCUGCUGCACAAGAGGGGAAAAUUGCAAUAUAAAAACCACCACAUAGCCCAAAAACCCCCAUCUACAUGUCGACCCGGAGGGAUUUCUCCACAUUUUCCAGCCUCAGCUCCUCUGCAGCCACACUCCACAUCAGCUGAUCCAUCACGUGAUCUGGUGUAGUGGUUUCACCCUUUUUGCAAAAUGGAGUUGUCUGAGUCUGUGCAGAGAGGGAUGCAAUCUCUAGCCCAUCCGUCCUCCUUCGAGCACAGCAGCUACCAGGUGCUGGUGGACGUGUCUUACCGGAGCCUGCUCUCCUCUGCAGCCGACCCCGGAGUCCUCGAUCAGCCCGAGCUGAAGCAGAUAGACCAGAUCCUGCUAAAACAGAGUCACACUGCAGCGACCACCUUCAUUCUGGAGGCUGUCAAACAAAACGCAGACAAGUCAACCAUAAGCUCCUGCCUUGAAGAACUAUCAUUCAGUGCAGACAGAAUAGAAAUAUUCUUUAGCACACACCAGAAACAUAGAAAGGAACUGGAGCGUCUCUUAGCAAGCAUAGGGAGGUGUCCACCUAAAAUCAACGAUGCUUCAUGGCGUCUACAGUACCAUGUGAAGAACGGUCAGGUGGAUAAGGUCAACGAGCCUUUCUACCUGAUUUCAUUAAACACUGAGAAUAAAGGACCCUCGGAAGAUAUCAACUUCACCUGCACAGUGGAGCAGCUACAGGAUUUGGUGGGAAAGCUCAAAGAUGCUGCCAAGAGUGUGGAGAAAGCCAGUCAGAUGUGAAGUCGGUGUCCAGUUUCUUCUUCAUUGCAAAGCACUGAACUUAAGGAUUUUCCCAUUGCACAUCUCUUUAUAGUUUAUUUUGUACCUGAGAUGACGUGACGUGUAUAAUACAUGUGAGAUAAUUAUCAUCCCAACGUGUGUGUUUCAAUUAAAAGAGAAGA